AUGGCUGCGCCCGCCUUCACAGAGCUGCCGACGGAGAUGCUCGAGGCCAUCUUCCUGCACCUCGACCUGCGCUCGCUCAUGGCGCUCUCGCAAACGAACCGGCUGGUGCAGCAGCUCACGGCCACGUCGCCAACGCUCUGGCGUCACCUGUGCCGCACCAGCUUCAGCAGCUGGGCGCCGCACCACGACAUGGCGGCCAAGCUGGCCGGCCCGCUGUCCGGCGUCGACUGGCGCGCGCUGUACAUGCGCAGGACGCACGUGGAGCGCGAGACACGGCGGCUGCUCAACCGCGUCGUGGCGACGCAGCACGAGCGCAUACGAGGGAUCAACGCCAUUGCCGACUUCGGCUACGACGCAAAGGAGACGCUGCUGCGCGAGUGCGCGUGUGCCGACGAUGCGCCCGACGUGCUGGCCCGGCGCUACUACGCCAACGCGGCGCUGCAGCGCAUCCACCGCGAGAUGGCCAUCAACGUGUGGCAGGCGCUGCAGUACGGGCAGCCGGUGCCGCUGGACCGCGCGCUGGGCGCGUACGACCUGUUUGCGCGCGCCGGCGACGACGACGGCGUCGACCUCGACCUCAUGGCCGCCGACCUGGACGGGCUGGCCGACGGGCUGCUCCGCCAGCACCCACGCUUCGGCGCGCUCAGCACCCGCCAGCAGGCCUCGACGCUCGCCGCGUACCUGCGCGACGGCGGCUUCCAGGGCGUCUCGGACACGGCGUACCGGGCGCUGCGCAACUCGUUCAUCGGCCUCGUCGUGCGCUCGCCCUCGCACCAGUCGCUGCCCCUCAUCUCCGUCGCCAUCUUCUGCGCCCUCGCCCAGCGCCUCGGCCUCGACGCCCGCCCCUGCGGCUUCCUGUUCCACGUCUACUGCCUCGUCUACGCCCCCAGCCAGCACACGCUCGACGGCGAGUACAAGCCCAGCACCGCCGCCGCCCUCGACCACAUGUACCUCGACCCCUUCUGCUCCUCGGACGAGGUCCACCAGGCCGACUUGCUCCGCGUCCUGCGCGACAUGGGCGUCCCCUCGGCCGACCACCACUCGUACCUCUCCGACACCACGACCCGCGAAAUGGUCCUCCGCACCGCCCGCAACAUCAUGAACUCGGUGCAGACCAUCCGCCAGACCCACGUCGGCGUGCACGGGAUCCGCUCCGCCUGGCUCGACGCCUACCCGGACAUGGACAACGCCUUCUACGCCACCAUCUGGGCCAUGCUGAUGCUCGGCCCCGGCGACGAAGCCACGGCCGCCACCCCCCAGCACGUCUCGUCACGCCGCCGCCACUAUCUCCCCUACCUGCUUGAGCACUUCCAGACCCAUUUCGCCUGCGACGUCGCCCUGCUCGAGCGGUACAUCAUACCCAUGUUCUACACACAGCCCGAGGGUCAGCGGCUGCUGCAGUUUGUCCAGAGCAUGCACCAGAUCGAUACCCUGCGCAAGCCCCUGAUACGCCGCUCCGCACGCGUGCGCAACGUCGCGUUCAAGAUUGGCCAGCUGUUCAGGCAUAAGCGCUACCAUUACGAGGCUGUCAUCACCGGCUGGGAUACAAGUUGUGACGCGGGCGAGGAGUGGAUCCAGAACAUGGGUGUGGAUCGCUUGGCAGGUGGGAGGGAGCAGGCAUUCUAUCACGUGCUUGUACACGACAAGUCCGUACGUUAUGUUGCUGCCGAGAACAUUGAGCCCGUCGCCACCGGCACGCCCCCUUCCGCCGCCAUGAUGAAGCUGGCUGGGCGCCACUUCAAGCGCUGGGACCCCGUGGGACACGUCUUCGUGAGUAACGUACGGGACGAGUACCCUGACGACUGA